UUGGUGCUGGGGGGUCGCAUACUGCUUGGUUAUUUCCUGGGGGGUGACUGCUGCAUUUUUUUAUUUUUAUUAUUUAAAUCCCAGCUGAUUCCCCCCCCCCCCUAAUUUUAUUUUUUUUAUUUUAUCUUAAUUUUUUAUUUUUUUCUACUUCUCCUGGUUAUCGCCUCUCUCUCGCUCUACAAGACCUGACACCCCUUGCAGAUUUUUUUAAUUUCCUCCUCUUUUCAGAUCAUGAACAAACUAUAUGUUGGGAAUUUAAGUCCUUCGGUCACUGUCGAGGACUUGCAGCAGCUCUUCGGGGAGAGGAAGCUGCCAGUGGCCGAGCAGGUCUUGCUGAAAUCCGGCUAUGCUUUUGUGGACUUCCCCGAUCAGAACUCGGCCAUAAAGGCGAUAGAGACUCUUUCUGGUAAAGUUGAGUUGCACGGGAAGGUGAUAGAGGUAGACUACUCUGUUCCCAAAAGACUACGGAGUCGGAAGAUCCAGAUCCGGAACAUUCCCCCUCAUCUACAGUGGGAGGUUUUGGACGGCCUUCUUGCUCAGUAUGGUACUGUAGAAAACGUGGAACAAGUGAACACUGACACAGAAACAGCGGUGGUGAAUGUUACGUACGCAACCAAGGAGGAAGCUAAAGUAGCCAUUGAGAAGUUGACGGGACACCAGUUCGACGACUGCUCCUUCAAAGUGUCGUACAUUAUGGACAUGGAUGCUGCUCCGCCUGUUCAGGUGGCCCGCACUCGGCGCGGGGGGCGAUCGCCCCGGGACCAGGGCCCCACCCAGCCCGGGCCCUCGGGGGGCUUUGGCGCCCCACGUCCCCGGCAACACGACUUCCCCCUACGCAUGCUCGUGCCUACUCAGUUUGUGGGAGCCAUCAUCGGCAAGGAGGGCCUGACCAUCAAGAAUGUCACCAAACAGACACAGUCCAAGGUGGACAUUCACCGGAAGGAAAAUGCAGGUGCGGCAGAAAAGCCCAUUACCAUCCACUCGACACCAGAGGGCUGCUCCUCCGCCUGCCGCAUGAUCCUGGACAUCAUGCAGAAGGAGGCCAACGAGACCAAGACGACGGAGGACAUCCCUCUGAAAAUACUUGCUCACAACAGCCUGGUUGGUCGGCUGAUCGGGAAGGAGGGCCGCAACCUGAAGAAAAUCGAAGAGGAGACAGGGACCAAGAUAACCAUCUCCUCGUUACACGAAUUAACUAUUUACAACCCUGAGAGGACCAUCACAGUGAGGGGUACCCCGGAGGCGUGUUGUAAAGCAGAGAUGGAGAUCAUGAAGAAACUGAGGGAAGCCUACGAGAACGAUGUUGCUGCUUUAAACCAACAGGCCAACCUGAUUCCAGGCUUGAACCUGAACGCUCUGGGCAUCUUCUCUUCCUCUGGACUGCCGAUGCUGCCCCCUGCUGCCGGACCACGCGGCGCAGUGCCCGCUGUGGCACCAGCAGGAUACAACCCAUUCUUACAACAGGCUCCAGAACAGGAGGUGGCCUACCUCUUUAUUCCAACUCAGGCAGUCGGUGCUCUGAUCGGCAAGAAGGGCCAGCACAUCAAACAACUCGCCCACUUCGCUGGAGCCUCCAUCAAGAUUGCUCCACCUGAAACCCCUGAUGUCCUUGUCAGGAUGGUGAUCAUUACCGGAACUCCAGAGGCUCAGUUUAAGGCCCAGGGUCGGAUAUUUGGGAAGCUGAAGGAGGAAAACUUCUUCACAGCGAAGGAGGAGGUCAAACUGGAGACUCACAUCAAGGUUCCCUCUACUGCAGCCGGCAGGGUCAUCGGUAAAGGAGGCAAGACGACUGCACAGAGGAAGAUCCGGGAGAUCAUACAGCAGGUCAAACAGCAGGAACAGAAACACCAGCAGGGCGCCGCUGUGUCACCGCACCACUCCAAGUGA